AUGCAGUUCCGAGCAUUAGCAACACCAGUGCCAUCAUCACCCGAUGCAGCAACAAAGACCAAGGAUACCCUUCCAGCGGAUUUGAGUUCUAUCCUGGAGGAUGCCAGGAUCAAGAACUGUAUCCAAGGAAUGAGUGUCGCUGUUCUCUACAAGGGCGAGCUCAUCUUUGCGGACGGGUUCGGAAAACGCAACGAUGAAGAUCCCUUCACCAAAGAAACUCUGAUGCCGAUUGGGUCCGUGACAAAGUCAUUCACAGCCAUGGCCAUCGGCGAACUGGUCGCAGAGGGAAAGAUGGAUUGGAACACCACUCCUGUCAACACCUACUUGCCCGAGUUCAAACUCAAGGAUCCCGUUCUCACCUCACAAUUGACCCUCGUCGAUCUCCUUUCUCACCGCACCAACCUUCCAAACGUGUUUUUGAAGUGGUUCAGGUCCAAGGAGAGCAGGGUCGAACUGAUCAAGUAUCUGAGGUACGCCGAGCAGCCCUCCAAGCUCACCUCGAACUUGAACUACAGCAACACCAUGUAUGCGGUUGCAGGAGAAGCUGGUGCCAGGGUCGCGGGUGUUUCGUAUGAGGAAUUGGUCAAGACCAAGGUCUUUGAACCCUUGGGUCUCACCAACAGCGGAUUCUCUCAGUCGGCCCUGAAGCAGUUCUCGAACUAUGCUCUGCCCUACGACGCUACUUCGUUUGAGGAGGCCAAGAAGGGAAACUUUAUUCGUGGAGAACUGGAUGAACACUACCUGACGGACGCACCCGCUGGCGACAUCUACUCCACCGUGAUAGAUCUUGUACGUUAUGGCAGGGCAGUGUUGAAGGGUGGAGAGGUGGAUGGGAAACAGGUGCUGAACAAGGAGAGCCUUGCGGAGAUGUGGACCGGACGAACCUUCUCAGUUACGACUAGACGGACACUCGACUUUGCGCCUGUUCAAGGGUAUGGUUUGGGGUGGGUUAUUGAUGCUUACAAGGGUCAUGCCAAGUACAGUCAUAACGGACUGAUAUCUGGAUACAGGUCAGGGCUUGACAUCUACCCAGAUCAGGACUUGGUCGUUGCUGUCCAAGCGAACGUGAACAAGGCAGCCCUCCCAGAUAACGUGUCCCACUACAUCCUGGACGAGUUGUUGGAUCUGCCCAGGACCCAAGAUUGGCUAUUCGACGUCUCGCCCACCAAGACAGAGAAGGCCUACACAAUGUCUGAAAUGGCCGUUCGAGGCGACCUUCCCGAAAAGAUCGCGAACCGACCUCAUGUUCAUUCCCUGAAGGAGUACGCCGGCGUGUACACCAAUCUCGCCCAGGGAGAUAUUUCAGUCAUCUACGAGGAGAAAGAGGAUGCGUUGUACUUCAAGAAUCCGGCGUUCCAUGACAGGAUGGAGCACUACCAUUUCGAGCUGUUCAAAGUUGUGUUGAGGAUGUUUGGGUUUGGUGCUGCGAUAGGUGUCAAGUUUGAGACGGGUGCUGAUGGGAAGAUUGGGGCUUUAACGUUAAUCAGACCUGAGGAAAGCGAUAGUGUUUUUGAGAGGAAGGUUGUUGUUGUCCCCGCGACUGGCGCCAGGGAGGAAUAA